AGUUAACGUAACGAAGUUUGACGCAUGUUGAAAGUUUACUUCGCGAUUGUUUAAUCGACCUUAUUUCCAUUUAACACCUUACCAUCAAUCGUAAACAUUAACAAACGCUAAUUGAUACGUUCGAACGUGGUAGUACGUCUUACCACUGUUCAGUUCUACGGAAUUCCAACGAUUUUUCUCAGUGAAACCUAUCGUAAUUGUGAUGAACAUGUGAAUUGUUAAUUGCUACAUAGAUUACUGUAUGUGUGUUGGUAAACAUUUACACCGCGUUUGCAGUGAACGUUCGUUCAUAUCAAGAUAAACUCUUGUUGAUGACCUUGUGAUAAUUUGCAUUGUUGAUAACAAUGCCUAUUGGAAAUGAACAAUCCAUUGGAUCAAGACAUUGAGGAAUUUAGAUUUACCGAUCAAAGGAAUAUUUGUAAGGACGAUACAAAAGUGGACGAUUUACAAAAAUUUGAUGAACAAAUAGAUGAUCAAAAUUCAAUAUUCACUGCACCAUCUUCAUUGUUGAAUUGUGAAAUUUGUGGUGAACAGUUUGUAUCAAAGAAACAACUACGUUCUCAUAUACAUACUCAUUUAGGAAGAGCACGCGUAGUUCUGAGAAGGAUUACAAAUUUAAAAGCUAUAAAGAAGAAGCAUAGUAACACGUAUUGGCUAGAUCCUGAGAAGAGGGGUUCUCUGAAAUUAACGUUAAAGAAGCAGAAUUUUUCUGAUUCUCUUAAGCUUAAGUUUAAAAAGUCAUCGGAAUCGGAAGAUUUUACUGUUGUAAAUAGCAAUAUUAAUCUGGGUACGGAGAAUUAUCAUCAAGGAGACGUGGCUGGGGCAAAAGAAAAUGAUCAAAGACAGGAGAAUGAUUCAGGAAACUCGGCUGAUCAACCAUUUGAAAACGUGAUGGUAGAACAACAGGAUGAAUAUGGGAACAUUAAAUUUAAUACCGAUGAUCAUAAUCCAUUGGAAGAUAAUGACAGACCAUCCAUAGAUGCAAAUGAAGGUGAUUCAGGUGUAGGGAGUGACAUGGCAAAUCCAUCUGAAAAAGAAGAUCAAAAUGUCGAUGAUCUGCAAGGUACAGACCAAUAUGAUAAUUCAGAUAAAAGACUUUCCGAAACGGAAGAUCACGAAGAGUCAGAUGCAUUGGAAGCAACAUGUCGAGAAACAAUUGAAAACCUAAAGAAGCUCGGUGAACAGUCAGGAUCUAGAUCUAUGAGUCAAUUAAUUGACAAUUCCGGAAUCGAAGAAGAUGAUGAGGCAGAACCUGACUCCAACAUGAUACACGAUUUAGAAGAGAAUCCAGCUAUUAGUAUUAUUUCAAAGUCUUCUACAUUUUCAAAUCACGCGGUAGAUAGUACAACGGUAUGUGAAAAUGCAGAUAAGCCUGAAGAAUCAACCGAGGGGACAACAGGCUUCAAUUGGAACCAAUUAUCUACCAAUUUGUCCAACAAGAACAAUGCAAUUUCUAAAGAAAACGAAGAACAGCCUGAACAUAGGAGCGACAAUAAUAUCGAGAGCGCGGGAUCUCUCUUACAAAACUUGAUCGAUCAUCAACGACAUAAUCAAAAUGAUACAUUAGCAAAUAAUUUACCAUCGGAAACGGAAUAUGUUUCGCUUGAAAAGUUGGCAGAAACUGUUAGUACCUGCCGCGUCUGUAACGAGAAAUUUAAAGAUAUCGCUCAUCUAGACGAGCAUCGAAGCAAAGCUGGCCAUUAUCAGUGCAAUGUUUCCGAAUGUAUAAAUCUUAUUUUUCAUUCGCCAUUGGAAGUUUCUAUGCAUAAAGCUCAAAUGCAUGGAACUCCUCUUUCACCGAGCGUGAGUCAGUUAUCUCCUCAUCUAAAUACAAAUUCACCUCAUUUGAAUCAAAAUUCACCUCAUUUGAGUCAGGCAUCGCCUCACUUAAAUACGCAUUCUCCUCACGCGGUAUCAAUGGAAUCUCCAAACACGCCAACUUCGCAGCAAAUAAGUAGGAAUUCCCCUUUAACUUCUCCGCACCAAACAAAUUCUCCUACGUAUAAUACAGUACCUAACGCUGGACAACAAAUAAUACCGCCUGUUAAUUUCGAACAAUUACCCGCACCCGUUCAACAAUUGGCUCAACAAGUGCAACGUAUGCCACUUCCGCAAACGCAAAUGACACCAAGUCUUCCGCCAGGUGCUAAUACAAUGAUACCUGGACCAAAUUACUUUGUACAACCACCGGGAAGGCCACCGCUGUAUAGAGUUCCUGGUCCACAGGGGAUGCAUUACCCUCCCCAUAUAGCACAUCUAUAUCCUCAGUAUGGACCAGGUCCGUAUCCUCAAAUGAGUGCACCACCGCAAAUGCAUCCCCAAUUGUCUCAACAAAUGUCGCGCGGAAGAUAUCCUACUGUUGCACAAAGUAGUCGGGCACCGCGUAUUCCGCAGACUGGACCAUCUCCGCGCCAACGCAUGAAACGUCCUAUACAACAACCGAUGCAAGUUCAGCAACAAAGUAACUCUGCUAUGAAACAACGACGAAUGGAUGUCUUGUUGCCAGAUAGAAACGAAGACGCAGAUUGUCAUGUCAUUGCACAACAAAAAACAAACGACGGCGUGCCUGUCAUACAAAACGUUCAAGGCGCUACUCCUCAACAGACGAAUAGAAACGAUUCUACCAUACAUCUUACGGAUUCUAUAACGCUUAGCGUACGGCAACCAGGUUCCGCUCCAGCUCAAGUGCAGAACACAUCAGCUACUGGCGGCAAGAAGUCUGAUGCAAAGGCUGUGGCUAAUGUACUGGCAGCCAGAGGUAUUACUGUUACUCCAGCAGCAAAUAAAAAUAAAACAAGCGAACAAAACAAACAGCAGAUACUUUCACAGCAACAGAGGACUAUGCCUUCACAGCAGCCUUUACAUGUUACAGCGCUCAAUCUGAAUUCUGCUAUUUCUAUCAUACCAGCUAGUUCGCAAAAAAAACAACAGGAACAAAGUCAGUUCGCCGUUCCUCAGAAUAAACAAAACAAGACAGCUGUGAACGAAGUGGAAAGACCACCAAGACCACCUACUGUCGAUUUAACGCAGGACGGUCCGCCGCAAAUACCGAUGGUUAGACGUGGAAGACCUCCGCGAGCGUUGCUCACUUGUCAAGUGUGCGACAAAAAUUUUCAGAAUCAAGAAUUAUUAACGCAGCACAUGGCUACGCACCGUGCGCCAAGUAAAUUACUUCACAAGUGCAAUCUUUGUCCUGCUCAAUAUCCGACAGCUCAGGCGCUGAUAACGCACAAACAAGCGUAUCACAAGGAAGUUGAUACCGUUGCACAAAAUGGUGGUGCAGAGUUAGCAUUGCCAGUGGUAGAUUUGAAAUCACCUCACGUGUUGAAUCGUUUAUCAAACCUCGGUAUACAGAGCUAUAUACCGUUGGCGCAGCUUAGCGCUCAAACAGGCGGUUACUUUGGAUUGCCUAUAAUUACGAUUGACGGUGCAAGGAAUCCUAAUACUUUUAAUUUAGGUGCACUUGGUGCUACAUCUAUACUAAGUCUGGGUCCUCUGAAACAUUUGUCAAACAGGUAACUGUGGACGAUUCUACACUCGGCCUACGUUUCGUGCAAUCCUUUAACCAUCUUCAUACAUUUCAUUAUCAAGGAUUUCCUUGUACGAGUAUCGCUGUAUUGCCUGCUUAUCGCGACGGGUUAUUUUUUUAGUUGAAUUAGACGAUGCGAAUUUUUUUUCACCUUUUUUGUUUUUGCUACUUCUGAUAUUUGUAUUUUUUUUCCGUUCAGUUUACAUAUCUAUUAUUAGUUUAUUAUAGUCUUAAAGCAAUACAGUAUUUGUAACGAGGGUUAAAGAGGCGUUCGUGUUAUUUUAGAAUAAUAUAGAACAAGAUUUGAGAUAUGCAAUCAUUGUGAGAAGAUAGUAUAUAUCUAUUAUGUAUACAUACAUAUAUAUAUAUAUAUAUAUAUGUAUAUAUAUGUAUAUAUGUAUAUAUGUAUAUAUAUAUAUAUAAAUUUGUGGACAUGUCAUAUAUCAUUAUAAAAAGAAGUUUUUAAUACGCGAUUUGAUACGCGCGUGAAUCAUCGUCACUGCUACUAUAUUUUUUUUUAAUAAAGACAUCGAAUAUAUAAAAAAAAAAGAAAAACUUACCGCACGUUGCAUAGGUAAAUAAUUGUUCCAAGAAGUUGUGCCACAUUUCCAUUGAAGUACGACAAGUUAUACGUGUAUCGUUCGAUUUACGAAAAUAUGCAAAUAUACAAAACUAUUAGAGUUUUAAUCAUACACGAGAGGAAUGGAAACUUUUUUUAUGCUUUCAGACUUGCAAAAGAUUUAAUUUGUUUUACUUAUACGAAAUCAUGAUUCCUUUAAACGAGAACGCUAAACGUAUACAUGCAAAUACACAUACCGCAGUGAGAGUUACUAACGUACCUAAUCGAUAGAUUUGUUUUACUAAGGAAAAAACGAAGAAAAGAUAUAAUAUAUCCCGGAUACUUGAAAAGAUUUGUCUGUACUGUAAAUAAUCAUAUUAUUACGCAGUGUUACUAAAUCACGUCCGUUUUUCGAAUGAAAGAAUAUAAUUAUAAAUGAUAAAAACGCGCAGAGUUAAUACAGAGAUACAGCUAUAAGAUAAAAAGAGUUGAUUAUUUUUUUCAUUUGACAGUUUCGUUUCGUAAUUCACCAACAAAUUGCCGAGAUACACUACCGGUUGUAAAUAUAUUUUGUAAGAAGAGAAAAAGAAAAUAGAUUACGAUUAAAACAUA